ACUCAGGUGUGUGACACUGACAUGAGUACACACAGAAGAGUUUAGUUUAACUUAUUUUGGUUCUGUUGGAUGCACAUACAGCGGUUUUGAAGCAUGUCUUUAUUUUUGUUAUAAGCUUAACGGACAUGGACAUCUCUCAUUCAUUCACGUUCACCCUGCUGCAACAGGACCCGGACCUUCAGUCCACCUACCAGCAAUCAUCUCAGUAGGAGCAAUGUGAUACCUUCAAGGCCCGGGCGGUCUAUGACAGGGCGAGAACACACUCUGUAUUUUUAUGUGUGUGUUGGAGAGUGGGUGUCAGUGACAGAGAAGAGCGAAGACGCUACAGUUACCGCGGAGAUAGUUUGAACAGGGGAGGUAUUCUGAAGCUACAACUCUUGGACGUCUCUCAGGGUGACACAGCCAUCGCUGAGUGGAGUACGCUGGCAGCCAGUUGACAAUCACUGCACAACAAGAGGAAAACAGGAAGAACACGCAUGGGAAACCUGCUAUACAAGGAAAAACCUGCCAGGUAACAGUGAUGCUGUUUGGUUGCAUUGUUCAAGUCUUCAGUCCUAAGUGUGAAAACUGGAAAACUGAGAGCUGCAGUUAAACUACUGUGCACUGAAGCUACUAGCAGAUACAAUAUACUCCACUGAGUCAGGACUGCCCACUGGAUGGAUUUCACAGUGUGCACAUAUUUGCAGCCAUCUGAGGAAUGCUAGGGCCCAGCUGUCACUUCAUUCAUGUAAUGGAGUACACUCUACGCGUGGAUGAACACUAGCAGCUAACACCAGUGGACAGCAGUUAUUUUCCACUACAUAGCCAGCGUCUUUAGGUCUUAGGAUCUGGAUUCAUCUUCCAUAACACCAGUGGACUUAAGCUAUUUUGAACUAUACAGCAAGCGUCUUUAGAUCCCUGGAAUUGGAUUCAUCUUCCAUCAAUGUGCCAAUGGACCCAAUCUAAAACUUAAAAUAUAGUUCAGUCUGCACUGAUUGACUGAACUGUUACCAUAUGCAACCGAGGUAAUCCACAACAUCAACUAGCGUGUUGUGUGCAUUCUAGACGGGAUUAACUCUUUAUCACAUGAAACUGUGCAUACUACUUAGUCUGAGGUGGAUAAUCUACACAAACACACUGCUGCAUUCGGAGUCAGCAGCAGUCCAUUUUCAUACAGAAAUACUGGGUUAAGUUGACAUCCGGUCAGAGGUUCCAUUUUGGGUCCAGAUGUUCCUCAACACGGUGCUGGUGGUCCUGACGGACCUGGCGGCCCGGUUCCUGGGUAGCACUGUGUUCCGACAGCACUUCCACCUGUUGCUGUCAGCAGUGCUGAUGUUCGGGCCUGCACUGAGCUUCUGGGUCUCCCAGCACAGCGUCUUUGCCAGAAGAAGCCACUUCCUCUACAGGAUGUUCUUGCGCUCCGGUUGGGGCUGGACCUGCGUCUUUGUCGGCUCCUUCGUCUUCCUCCUCUCCUUCUCCAUCCGUCGCUCCCUCUCUCUCUCCAUGCGUCACCUCUCUCGGCUCGGGGUGGCUGGGGGAUUGUGGCUCGGUUUCUGUAAACUCCUGGACCUUCUGGAGAACGCCACGGGAAGCUGCUACGAGCCUUUAGCCGCCAACCCAGAGGUCGCCAACGGGCCUCUGUUGGUGCUGCGAGAAGGGGAGAGUAAGUCUGUGUGCCUCAAAGCUGGGAUGCUGUGGAGGGGCUACGAAGUUUCAGAAGAUGUCUUCCUCCUGUGCCUGUGCUGCCUGCUCUUGGCUGAGGAGACAGCAGUGUUUGGACCUUAUCUGAACUUAGGUGGGAUCUCAGAUGCCCCCCUGAGGAUCAUCUUCCUGUUCUGUGUUCUCCUGCUUGGGCUCUGGAUCUUUCUGCUGCUCUGUCUCUUGGCUUACUUCCCUCAGUUCCCCACACAGCUGUUAGGGGGCGCUCUGGGGUGUCUGAGCUGGAGGGUACUGUACCAAGGCUGGUACCGCCUGGGACCCAGCUGGUGCUGCCCCGGGAGGCCUGGACUGGGACUGCUCAACACCAAGACCAGCAGUGCUGAGGCAGAGAACCCAAAACUAAUCCAUGAUCACUGCAAUUAACUGAAAGAACAGAUGUUAACAAAGACAGAUGUUUUAGAUCAUUAGCAGGAGGUUGUGUGAAGAUGACUGAGGAUUCAGUAACAAACACAAAAUCUGUUCAGUAAAUUCUGUUGAAACAGACAAACUGCUUUCAAAAUGUGUCAUCAAACACGCAGUUUUCUAAUGCAUGCUGUUGUUUUCUGUUCCAUCGUAUCAGGGAGUCACAGUGGGUGACAGGAGAGCCAGCGGUUACCAAUUAGGCUGCAAAUGUUUGGGAGACUUUACUGAACCCACAGCUCCAGAUUGGUUUACAAUGCAGAAAAACUGAAAGAUUUGAUGGGUAUGUGCCAACAACUAAAAUAAACUAUUAUAGAAGUACAUACGGCGGUGCUCAGCCAUGCUACCAGCUCUGUGAGGCUGUACUUUCAUAUAUCAGUGCUUUGAGCUAAAUGCAACCAUCAGCAUUGCUAACAUGCACCCAUUAUAAUGCUAGCAUGCUGAUGUUCUGCAGAUAUAUUCGCAUCUUAGCAUGCUAGGACAUGUUAGCAGUUAACACAAAGUACAGCUGAGGAUGAUGGGAAUGUCAUUAGCUUUGCGUGUCAAACUUUCAAUUUGUCCAAUACCUGGAUUCAUAAUUAAAUAUUAUAAUCUAAUUCCUAUCAGCCUGAGAUGUACUUCAGUUUUCUAUUAGCAUGUUAGCAUGCUAAUUAGCAUCCUAAAUAAAAUGGUUAGCAUGGUUAACAUACCAGAUAGUCAACCAAUCAGACUCUAUUUGUAUAGCACUUUUCAUACGUGCUGAGGAAACACUGGAGGAAGAAUUAGAAAAAGGAUUAAAAAAAAAGAAUAUACCAAAUAAAACUGAACUAGGCAUACAAAUACCUGAUUAUCAUGUACAGUCGCCUCAAAGUACUGCUCUUCCUAAGCACGACUUCACAAAACUAAAAUCAACCUGAAUAAAGUGAAGACAAUGGAGCAUUUCCCUCCUAAAAUUGUUUUAUUGAUAAAUCGCCUGCAGAAAGAAAAUAUAUACAAAAACAGACGUCAGAGGAUAAAUGUGGCCUAGACAUCUGAUACAGCAGAUCAGCUGUCAACCUCACAAAAUGAAUACAUGCAGUUUCACAGCGCUCAAAAAGGUAUUGGGAGGUUGUACCAUUCAUCUAUUAUAUAGAAAGACACAGAGCUUCUUGUCUGGAAAACAGUGAUAAAUUACAUUUGAUUACUGUUGGGUCAACUCCUUAUGUUCACUUCUACCCACAUAAUGUCCAUUAAAUCUAUCAGAAAAACUGAGGAAAGUUUCCUUAUUAAAAAUGAACAAGACUGUUA